ACCCACCUGUGCCACUCUGCAGUGUCACACACCUGUGCCCAGAAGUGCCACCUACCUGUGCCCAGCAGUGCCACCCAUCUGUGCCCACCCACCUAUGCCCACCCACCAGUGCCACCCACCAGUGCACCCACCAGUGCAGCCCAGCAGUGCUGCCAGUCAGUGCACCAGUCAGUGCCCAGCGGUUGUGCCAGUCAGUGCCGCCAGUCAGUGCCCAGCAGUGAUGCCAGUCAGUGCCGUCUAUCAGUACCCAUCUUCAGUGUCACCUAUCAGUGCCGCAUAUUAGUUGCCGCCUAUCCAUGCCACCUCAUUAGUACUGCCUAUCAGUGCCCUUUA